UAUACAAUUAAAUCAAUACAAUAGCAUUUUUGCAUCUCUCUUUCGAAAUCUAUCAGAAACAAUAGAAUAAAAAAUCUGUUUGAUCCUCAUUCAAUCCUUAUUCGAAAUUUUCUCUAUGUUCCAGAAUUUUGAAUUGGAUUUGGACUUGGAUCUGAAACCGGAUUUUAAUAUGAAGUCGGAUUUGGAACUGAAUUCGGAACUUUGUUGGAAAGCUCGGAAAAACUAUUUCAUCCAAAUACUUCCACAGCUCAUGAAUUCAAGGCAAUGGAAAGAAACAGAACAGAACGAUGGAACCACAGCUCUGAGGAGCAAUAUUUAUUUGAUUUAAUUAUUUAUAGGAUGCAACUCGCUAUCCUGACAGAUUGUUUUAUCUUUUGGAGGAGUAUACUCUUUUGAUGGCUUGUGCUGCUUUGAUGG